AUGGUGGAAAAGAGAGCUCGUCAAGGAGAAGGAUCAAGGCAACCGCCGCCUGCUCAACAACCACCACAAGUUCAUGAGGAAAAUGAUCAAGAAGAUGAUGAGGGACCAAGCCGCUCAUACUUCAGAUUCUACGGCUCCGCCUUUUCCCUAUUCAAAGUGAUAAACUACUCAAUACAAGAUGUCAAAUACUAUGCAACAUGCAAGAAAGAAUUCGAGAAGGCCUGA